UGCUUAAUUAGGAAAAAUAACAAUCAUCAGUUACUUUGUCUGUGCUUUAUUAACAAUUGAAUGAAAUAUUGGUAACUGGGGACAAUUCUAUUUUAAACAAUAUAAUAGCUUGGUUUUACAAAAUAAAAUAGAAAUAAAAAUAAAUUCAAGAACAAGAAAAAAUGUUAGCCACAUUAGCGUGGCUUUAGCUUUGAGCUCAAUAUGCUGGUAGACAUAAUUGUAUUUUAAGCUAAUUUUGUUCUAAAAUAUUACCUUGCAAUAUUGUCUACCUAAUGGAUGUGAAAAUAGUUGAUGCUCUAAACCAAAUUGCCAAAAGAAUGGGAGCCACUGGUUGGAAUUUCAAUGCUCAUGCUUGUGGAGAUCAAAUUCGACCGGUUGAACGGACAGAUCCUGAGAGGAACAUCACUUGCAACUGCAGAUUUGAGAACAACACCUGCCAUGUCAUAGCCUUGGAUGUGCAUCUGAAUUUUUCCCUCCAGGGAAAUAAAGCGUUUUAGCCUUCCAGGAGAACUUCCACCUGAACUCAUCCAGCUGCCUUAUCUGGAAAUCAU